AUGAACCAUGAAAUUGCAGUAUGGAUGAAAACAAUAUAUAAAGGACUCGCGAAAUCAGAUAGAGAUAGCUUGGGAAGAACAAUGAGUAAAUACCAAUAUACAACGGGAAACAAUUUUGAAAUUUUCCGAACAAUUAAUUUCCCAAAAGUUCCAGACAUGAACAUAUUCCAUUUAAUGCAGCUUCUGGCUCGAUUUGAUAUUGUUGAUCCUCUUCCAAGAGAAGCAGAUAGAUGGAAAUUUGUUUUAAAUAUCGCCAUAGAAUAUCAUUGGAAAGAUGAUAUAAAAUCAAUUCUUCAAAAUAUGACAUUCAUUAACAUGAAAAAAUAUGAUUUGUCGAAUGAUGAAAAAAUUGUUGAUAUAUUUAGCAUAUAUCACGAUUCUUUCAAAAGAUGCAGAGAUAAAAAUGAAAGUUUGUUCAGCAUUGCUCAGUUUAUUGCAAAGCAUGAAAUGCUUAAAAUUAGUUACAUAUCAUUUUACAAUGAUGGAAAAGUUUUUGCAGCUAUAACUUACAAUAGAGAUAAAAGAAAGAAUAUUGUUGUUCACAGAUUCUUUGUUAAAGAUCAGCAAGCAUACCUUUAUGAUCGAAAUUUUGAUCUUAUUCAAAGAGAAGAUUUACAUUUCGCGCAAUGUAUGGAGAUAAAAGAAAUCAAAGAGAACGAAGAAGAUGAUGAUAUUUUCUCGUACUUUGAUACGGAGUAUGAAGUUUUCCAUGGAUGUAAUCAAAAUAAUUCAAACUUUUGA